ACGGCGCGCUCCCGCCCUGCCUUUCGCCGCCGUCCUGUGGCGGGAACCGCGGCACCCGGGGACGGCGACGGCUGAGAAGAAACCAUGCAGGCAUUUCUGAAAGGCACAUCUGUCAGUACCAAACCACCAUUGAGCAAGGACCGGGGGACACCUGCCACUGCAGGAAGCAGUGGAGAAUCCAAGAAAGUCAAACCAGUUCCUUGGGUGGAAAAAUACCGUCCAAAGUGUGUGGAUGAAGUUGCUUUCCAGGAGGAAGUGGUCGCAGUGCUGAAAAAGUCUUUAGAAGGUGCUGACCUUCCUAAUCUCUUAUUCUAUGGGCCACCUGGAACUGGCAAAACUUCCACCAUUUUGGCAGCAGCUAGAGAGCUCUUUGGGCCCGAACUCUUUCGAUUAAGAGUCCUUGAGUUAAAUGCAUCUGAUGAACGUGGAAUACAAGUAGUCCGAGAGAAAGUGAAAAAUUUUGCUCAGUUAACUGUAUCAGGAAGUCGUUCAGAUGGGAAGCCAUGUCCUCCCUUUAAGAUUGUAAUUCUGGAUGAAGCCGAUUCUAUGACCUCAGCUGCUCAGGCAGCUUUAAGACGUACUAUGGAAAAAGAGUCUAAAACAACCAGAUUCUGCCUCAUCUGUAACUAUGUCAGUCGAAUAAUUGAACCCCUCACUUCUAGAUGUUCAAAAUUCCGCUUCAAGCCUCUGUCAGAUAAAAUUCAACAGAAGCGACUACUGGAUAUUGCAGAGAAGGAAAAUGUCAAAAUUGGCAAUGAGGAAAUAGCUUAUCUUGUUAAAAUAUCAGAAGGAGAUUUACGGAAAGCCAUUACAUUUCUUCAAAGUGCUACUCGACUAACAGGUGGAAAAGAAGUCUCGGAAGAUGUGAUCACAGACAUUGCUGGGGUAAUACCAUCUACAACCAUCGAUGGAGUAUUCACUGCAUGUCACAGUGGCUCUUUUGACAAACUAGAAGCUGUGGUAAAGAACCUAAUAGAUGAUGGGCAUGCAGCUACUCAGCUUGUCAACCAACUUCAUGAUGCAAUUAUAGAAAAUGAGAAUCUGUCUGACAAACAGAAGUCCAUCAUUACAGAAAAACUUGCCGAAGUGGACAAGUGCUUAGCAGAUGGUGCAGAUGAACACCUGCAGUUGAUGAGCCUAUGUGCAACUGUGAUGCAGCAACUAACUCAGAAUUGUUAAAUAUGCUAACAGAUUUAACCUGUAUGAUGAAACCACCUUACAAAUAGAAAUAAAAGAGCAAACCACCUAUAAAGUGAAUAUACAAUUUUAUUUAACAUUCAAACUUCAUUAAGACAUGUGCAAUAUGGCAAUUUUACUGGGGGGUUUAACCCUACCUAGGAUGAUUGCUUGCUGAGGCUUAGCAACAGGGUCCAGUUCACACUUAGCACUAAUUAAAUACUUUAUUGAAUAAAUACAAUACCAACAAAAUGCAUUCAAAUUUUCUCUAAAAAAAUCAUUUAAAGGCCUUUCUAGUCAGGCUAAUGACAAACACAAUAAAGGCAGAUAUGCUAGUUUAACAUAAUUGGCUGAUUUUAUACAGCACUUAUAUCUUUUAGUCCACAAGUAUAUUAUUAAAUGAUAGAGAACAUCUAAUACAACCAUUUCUACAUAACUAGUAAAUGAAUUUCUAAGAAAAAAAGAUUUUACAGACCCCAUCUUUUUAUACCCACCCCCAACAG